CUUUAAUUUUUCCCUUCUUUUGAUUUUCGUUCCUUGUUCUUCUCGACUGGUUUGUUUACCAGCAGUAAAGCAGGAGGCCAGCAGCAGAAGCAAGCUUCAGGUCUCGUUCAGGACGUUCAGCAGAACUGGCUGGUUUCGUACUCGCUCGUGCCGAGUCCGUGGCGGACAGCCACAAACGACGGUUGUUGGUCCAAGUGCGCUCUCCUAAAACGUGAUCUUAACUUUUAUAUUUCGUCAAUGAAGAUUUUUCGAAAUUUUAUUUUUAACAAACAAAAAAUGUUUGAAUAGAAGAAAUUGUUUUUGUGAUAAUUUAGAGUUAAAAGAAAAUAUUUUCGGUGAUUUUUUUUGGUUUCAUUGAAAUCUAAAAGAAAGUAGGAUUUUUUUGGAAAGUAUUUUCUUUUUUGCGUCGAGUUUUUGGGAGUUUGAUUUUUUUGUUUGAGACUCUGUUUUUAAAACUUUUAUUAUUGUCAGCUUGGUUUUGGUGAAGUGAAGUGACGAAAGUGAUUUACCAAGUUCCAAGUCGGCGCGCACGACUUCCGGACGACGACGCCGCAGCCGCUGUCGACGAAGAAGAAAAAGGCAAAGAGAAGUAGGAGGAGGAGGAGAAGAAGGAAGAAAAGGCGAAGGAAAAAAGCGUAUCGAGGAAGGAGGAAAGAGGAAGGAACCGCCGCCACGGCGAGCCGGUAGCGGGACCCCGAGAAAAGAUUAACGUACCGAGUAAGAAGCAUGUGAGUUGGGAGAGGCGGGGGACCGACCCCGGACCACAACCACGAGCUGAGAUGAGCGCUGCCUUUGCCGGUGGCUUCCUGGUACCGCUUCUUCUGCACCUGUUCUUCGUCUCGUGGCCGCAACCCUCACUUGCUGGUACCUGUUGGUCAUCAAUGGUACGCAACGAUCGUUGUACCGAGGUUUUGUACGAAAACGCAACGAAAGAAGAGUGUUGUUCUGGUGCUCAAUCGGACACAGGAAUCGCUUGGUCUUCAAAACAUCUCGACUCUGGAUCACUUUUUUUCUGGAGAGUCUUAGGAGGAGGUGUAGAGUGUAAACCUUGCAAAGAUAAUUGUGAAGGCGUUCUUUGCGGAACUGAUAAGACGUGCGUUAUGAGAAAAGGUAGACCGAGAUGUGUGUGCGCCCCUAAAUGUAAGGAUAAUUCGAAGAAGAAACAGGGAAAAGGAACAGUUUGUGGAACAGAUGGGAGAACUUAUAAGAAUGUAUGUCGAUUAAGGAAGAGAGCAUGUAGAAAAAGGGCUACUGAUUUAACGGUAGCUUAUUAUGGUAUCUGCCAAAAUUCCUGUGAUAAAAUAAGUUGUCCAUCCGGAAAACAUUGUCUUCUCGAUCAAAAUUUAAGUCCACACUGUGUCCGAUGCUUGAAAAAGUGUCCGGGCGCAUUGCCAGCCAGACGGCGAGUGUGCGGCUCGGACGGGCUGACGUAUGCGAGCGUGUGCCACCUGCGCGAGAAGGCGUGCCGCCGUGGCAAGGCCGUCCCGAUGGCGUACCGGGGGCCAUGCAGGGCGCCCGGCAGCGGAGGCGCGACCUGCUCGAGGAUCAGGUGCCCCGGGACCCAGACGUGUCUCACCGAUGCGAAAACGGGCGCCCCGCGGUGCGUCACAUGCGUGCACAGGUGCAAACCCCGUCAUAUGUCCGGACCGAUAUGCGGGACCAACAACUAUACCUACCCCUCGUGGUGUCAUAUGAUGCAGGACGCGUGUCAAAGGGGUUAUAUUGUGGAAACUCAACAUUCAGGACAAUGCACAAAUGAAGUCCAUCUAUUUUAACAAUUAAUACGAAUGGAUGUGCAAAAAAGUCCCUAAAUAAAGGAUUUCUAGAAAAUUGUAUUUCGAAUAAACCAAAGAUUUUGUCUAAAAAGUCUACAGAAGAAAAACCUGUUUUAAGAAUGAAUCACUUUUCACCAAGAUUAACGCGAUUAUUAUUGUUGAAAAAGGUUUAAUUGCGUUUAUAAAUUGAGAAAAGAAACGAAAAUAAGUUAAUAGAACUUUAAAAAAAACUUAACUAGGUAAAUGUAAUAAUCUAUUAUAAAUGUACUAUAUUAAUAUCGAAUAGCGAUUUUAUUUCUAGUAUAACUGUUGGUUGUUAUUAGUGCUUCUUGUACGGAAUAGAAAAGACUGACUAUGUACUUAUUUAUAGGAAUUUAAUAAUGUGUAUUAUUAUUAUUAUCAUAAAAAAAAACUAUAAUUAAAAUCCUUAGAUGCUUCUUCUUCAUAUAUUCAUUCUAAUGAAUAUAAACGAACGAAAAAUGAUUAAAAAAAUUCACUAUUCAUUAAUCGCAAAAUUAUAAAACAAAAAA